AUGCCCCAAAACCCGCACAGAAGGGCAAAUCAACGAGGAGGUCCGCAGCACAAGAAGAAGAAGGUUUCAAAGGAUAUUAAGGAGGGCGAUGCAGAUCAAGUGCUGCUGUUGGAUGUGGAGGCGCUGUUGAGGAAACAUGCUGAGGACGCAGAGCAAGCAAAGCAGGAUAACGCGGAAAAAGUACCAACAGUGACGCGCAAGCACAAAAGCGAGAGUUUCCCAGAGACUGAAGUUACUGUAUACGAGAUAUCCUCCACGGGAGAUGGCCUGGCGCUUUCUCCUUUAUUCGACCAUGUCUACGUCGUACCAUUUACGGUUGCGGGAGAUAAGGCUCGAGUUAAGGUUGUGAAGACAAUGCACGAGGAGUCUUACAGCGUGACAGAUCUACUUGAAGUUAUCACGCCGUCCCCUCAGCGCGAUGACUCCCUUAUCAAAUGCCAGUACUUCGCCAAGUGUGGAGGAUGCCAGCUCCAGAUGCUUCCCUACAAGGACCAGUUGAAGCACAAGAGGAGGAUCCUAGAAAAGGCAUACACCAAUUUUUCGGGGUUGCUACCUGAAUUAAUUCCUGCAAUUCGUGAUACCAUGGCUUCACCAUUGCAAUACGGCUAUCGAACAAAACUGACACCCCAUUUCCCCAUGCCGACUCGGAUCCGACGUGGCAGUGCGGACGGAGAGGAGUCGGAGAUGCCGCCUAUUGGGUUCAUGCUUAAGGGUAGACGAACUGUUAUCGAUAUCGAGGACUGUCCUUUGGGAACAGAUAUUGUUAGACUGGGGAUGAAAUGUGAGCGCAAGAGAGUGGCCAAGAGCCUGCAUACUUAUAGCAAAGGCGCCACUCUCUUAUUAAGAGAAAGUACUACACGAUACUACAAGGAUCCCGGCCGGCGGUCACCAAACGGCACGGAACGAGCGUCCUCUGAAGAAAGGCAACCGGUCCACGAUGAGCCGGUAAUCCGAAGGGAAUAUCCAGACUACAUCGAAGAAAAGCGCUGCAUCACGGACCAAAACUCAACGUCAAUUGAGUACGUCGACAACUACAAGUUCCAGAACAAGGCCGGCCAAUUCUUCCAAAACAACAACUCUAUCCUAGCUCCCUUCACCCAAUAUAUCCGCGAAAAUGCCCUUCUCCCGCCUUCAACUUCGUCUUCGUCCCCAUCAUCAUCUUCUACGACGCAGCGCACCUCUAAAUUAAAAUACCUCCUAGAUGCAUAUUCUGGUUCUGGUCUCUUCACCGUCACACUCUCUCCCAUAUUUCUCUCGUCCCUCGGUAUCGACAUCUCCGCUGAUUCUAUCGAGGCAGCCCGUAGAAAUGCCCGUGCCAACAAACUUGCCAAUACUGGUUUCGCAGCCGCUGACGCAGCCGCCAUUUUCAAGGACGUUCCUUACCCACCUGAUAAGACGCUUCUUAUCAUUGACCCACCGCGAAAGGGCUGCGAUAACAACUUUCUACAGCAGCUGCUAUCUUACGGACCCGCGAGGGUCGUGUAUGUAAGCUGCAAUGUGCACACCCAAGCGCGAGAUGUCGGCGUAUUAGUUCAGGGAGGAAACUUCAAAGGGGAAGAAGUGAGGUAUGAAAUUGAGAGCAUUAAAGGAUUUGAUUUCUUCCCGCAAACGGGGCAUGUAGAGGGUGUGGCGAUUCUCAAUAAGGUUGUUCCGAGACCAAAGGAUACGAUUAUAGCAGCGGUUGGAUAG